AUGUUAGGCAAACUGAUCCAGGCUGUUGAUUUCGCUCAUCAUGCAACAUACAAGGUGAUCAAACUUCCUGGUCUUACUCCUGAUGAUGGUUUUUCAAACGUCAAAGAUCCAGAAUACAAACCAUCGUCACCUAAUGGAUGGACUGACGGAACUACUACUCAGGGUAACAACGUUAAUGCUCUUGAUUUAAGAAAGGAUCCACCAGUUCCGGGAACCGGUGUUGAUGGUGUGUUUGACACCAAGUUCAAUUCCACUGCUGAUGUUGCCGAUCCAGACAACAUGCAAGCAGCUGCUGUCAAUCUGUUCUACGUUGCUAACCUAAUGCACGAUAUCUCGUAUCAGUAUGGUUUCACCGAGGCUGCUGGUAAUUUCCAAACGGACAACUUUGGAAAAGGUGGUGAGGGUAACGAUGCAGUCAAUAUCAAUGUCCUAGAUGAUUCGAGUACUGACAACGCCUUAUUCCACACCCCACCUGACGGCCAACCUGGCGUAAUGCUAAUGUUUCGAUACACUACUACCGAGCCCAAUCGCAGUAGUGGUUUGGACAACCAAGUUCCUUUGCACGAAUAUGGACACGGUAUUUCAACUCGGUUGACUGGUGGACCUGCAACAAUUGAAUGUUCGUUCGGACGUGAAGUUGUUGGUAUGGGUGAAGGCUGGUCAGAUCUAUUUGCCAUGAUCGUAACUGCCAAGCAAUCACACAAAGCCGACACUCCAAUUGGCAUUGCUGCAUAUGUCAAGAAUAAGCCCAACGGUAUUCGCUCUCAUCCUUACACUACUGACAUGAAAGUCAAUCCCUUGACGUAUGCCGAUGUUAAAACUCUUAAAAGCCCUCAUGCUAUAGGUGUAGUGUGGGCUUCUAUGCUUUGGGAAAUCUACUGGAACUUGGUCACCAAGAACGGAUUCUCCACCAAUCUCUACGACGCCAAGGGCAAGUUUGGUAACAUUAUUACUAUGCAGAAUAUGAUUGGUGGUAUGAUGCUUCAGCCAUGUCAUCCCACUUUCCUUGAUGCUCGUGAUGCCUUUAUUGCAUCUGAUGUUGCUCGCUACAAUGGUGCCAACAAAUGCGAUAUCUGGAAAGGAUUCGCCAAACGAGGUUUGGGAGUCAAGGCUGCCAAGUUCAAUAACGAUUUCUCAGUUCCUGAUGAAUGCAGUGGUGGUACUUCAUCGUCUAGCAGUGUUUCUAUUGCUACCACAGCAGAAUCUACCACAGUAGAGUCUGCCACAGCUCAUAGUUUCUAA